AUGGCAACGUUGAGUAUUCCGCCAGUGUUAACAUCGCCUCGUGAUGAUGCCGUAAAGCUUUACAAAGCUUUUAAGGGUUUUGGAUGUGAUACUGCAACAGUGGUUCAUAUUCUUGCCCAUCGAGAUGCAACACAGCGCGCUCUCAUUGAACAAGAGUAUAGAGCUAUGUAUUCUGAAGAACUUAGCAAACGCUUGUCUUCAGAACUUAGUGGUGAUGUCAAGAGGGCUGUCUUGCUUUGGAUGCCUGAUCCAGCAGCAAGGGAUGCUACUAUAGUUAGGAACGCUUUGAGUGGGGACAUAAUUGAUCUUAAAGCUGCUACUGAAGUACUAUGUUCACGGACUCCAUCCCAGAUACAGCACUUUAAACAAAUUUACCAUGCACGGUUUCAUGCUUAUCUGGAGCAUGAUAUUGAAAAUCAAGCAUCUGGCGAUCACCAAAAGUUGUUGCUUGCUUGCGUUAGUGCAAUGCGCUAUGAAGGUCCACAAGUUGACAGGGUAAUGGCUGAGGCUGAUGCUAAAUCUCUUUUUAAAGCUGGGGAAAAGAAGCUAGGGACUGAUGAGAAGAUUUUCAUACGCAUUUUUUCUGAAAGAAGCAGGUCACAGUUAACUGCUAUUUCUGCUGCUUAUCAUAGCAUGUACGGAAACUCACUGGAAAAGGCAGUAAAAAGUGAAACCUCAGGACUCUUUGAGUUUGCCCUUUUAACUAUUUUAAGGUGUGCUGAAAACCCUGGGAUGUACUUUGCUAAGGAAUUACACAAGGCAAUGAAGGGCAUAGGAACAGAUGAUUCAAAACUUACUAGAAUAGUAGUGACCCGAGCAGAGAUUGAUAUGCAGUACAUAAAAGCAGAAGCAGAGCAGAGCAGAGCUGAGCUCCCCAUUUUUCUGGAUUUUGUUAUUUCUACUAUCAUGGAUGAUACAGAAGUGCUUGGGACUAAAGGACAUGUUAUAUCAGAAGACAACUGGACAAUCCUGUCCAGUUCUACGUACUGUGCUAAUAUUAAAAAGGACCCUCAACAAGGGAGCUGCCUUCAUAUCUUUUCUUAUUUCUCUCCGAACUCUUCGUCCUCCGGCACCGUCGUUCCCACCGAACCGAUGGCUGUAAAGAAUGAAAUUUCUAUACUUAUCUGUGUGAUCGUAGGUACAAUUUUUAUUAAUGGUAAAGAUGGGAAUGCUGAGCUUCAAAGAUUUGAUCAUCCUGCAAAAGCUGAUGGCUCCCUUAGCAUUUUGGUGGUCGGAGAUUGGGGAAGGAAAGGAAAAUAUAAUCAGUCCGAAGUUGCUUACCAGAUGGGAAUUACUGGAGAGAAGAUGGACCUGGAUUUUAUUAUUUCUACAGGUGACAACUUUUACCCCGGAGGAUUAACUGAUGAACACGAUACAGCAUUUGAGGAAUCAUUUACCAAAAUUUACACUGCACCCAGCUUGCAGAAACUGUGGUAUUCUGUAUUGGGGAACCAUGACUAUAGAGGUGAUGCUUUAGCACAAUUGAGCCCAAUUCUCAAACAAAGGGAUAGUAAAUGGUUUUGCCUCAAAUCUUACAUUCUCAGUACAGAUAUUGCGGAGUUCUUCUUCAUCGACACGACCCCCUUCCAAGAUAAAUAUUUUACAGAUCCAGAAGAUGAAGUCUAUGAUUGGAGAGGCGUACUUCCGAGAGAAAAAUAUCUUACAACCCUAUUGAAAGAUCUAGAAUCAGCAUUAGGAGAAUCUCAUGCAAAAUGGAAAAUUGUGGUUGGUCAUCAUACCAUUAGAAGUGGUGGAAUUCAUGGCGACACCCAAGAGCUUGUAAAAAGACUUCUUCCAAUUCUGCAGGCGAAUAAUGUCGAUAUGUACAUAAAUGGGCAUGAUCAUUGUUUGGAACACAUCAGCAGUGGAGACAGCCCUCUUCAAUUUUUGACAAGUGGCGGAGGUUCAAAGGCCUGGAGAGGUAGUUAUAGCUGGUCGUCUAACGAAGAGGACAAUAUGAAGUUUUAUUACGAUGGACAAGGUUUUAUGACAAUGAGAAUUACACGAAAUGAAGUUGGGAUCGACUUCUAUGAUAUCUUUGGCAAUAUUUUGCACAAAUGGACUGCAUCGAAAUCCCUUUUCUCCACCAUCUAG